UUAUCUAAGCUUCAUAUAUUCUCAAGUGCAGCAAAUUGCGGAAUCGUUUAUGACUAUGGAAUUUGUGAUAAUUUUGGCAACGAAAUUCACUAUCGUAUUCACGCUUGUGUCCUCAAGUAUAUUAAUAGGCACAAAACUCCGCCAACAAAAAUAUUAUCACAGAUUAUGUUGUUUCUAACUCGUGCUAAAAAAAGCUAUUUCGGUUCUGAGUUUAAUCUAAGAGAUGAAACAGAUGAUGAAAUCAUGCAAGAUGUCAACUCAACGAUGACUGAUUUGGCUACUCUGGUCCAUGAUGGAAUCCUCGAAAGUGAUAGCGAGCAACUAUUCACCAGAAUAGUACAAAUGUGUCUUGAAGCGAUUUUAGAUAUUUUAAGAGAAUUAUCUCAGCAUUACAAAUCACUCUUUCGAAUUGCUCAUCAUUAUUUUCUGACUGAAGACUAUCAAUUCUCACAAAAGAUACUUUCAGGUAGUUUUCUAUUUCCACCUAAUUCACAAGGGUCUACAUCAAAUGGGGAAAUUUCAACUGUUUCAGAAUACAGGCAUAGGUUUGAUGGUCUUUUUGACUUGACUAGAGAUUGGGACGUACUCCCUGAUCUAAUGGACCUAGAUGCGAUAUUUGACAGACCAGGAAGUUUUAUUACUCAUAUGCUUCGAUCGACUCAGUUAUUGAUUAAUGUAAACAAGAAUUUGGGAGAUGCUGAACAAUUGUUCAAAAUCACAAUGCUUCUGAGCUCAGAAGCAUUUGAAGAAUAUCUUUGUGAAACCGAUCAGGAAAAUCUUGGAAAGCAAGCAAUGGAACAUUGUUUCAACAUUCACGAAAGUCGCAUUGCAAAAGCAAAAGGAAAUCGUAACAAUUUAGAUCAAAUAAAAGUUGAUAUAAGGAGAAUUUGUAACAAAUUGAUGGAAUAUCCUAUCUAUAAACAACAGGCUCAACAAUUUCUCGAAAAACACGACGAAUGUAUAACAAUUGAUUAAUUGUAUUGAUCGAUUAAUAUAAGCAACAGACUCAACAAUUUCUCGAAAAACGUCGAAUUUGUAACAAUUGAUUAAUUUUAUUAAUUGAUUUCCAUGAUCUUUGGUUUUCUCGAAAGAAACUCACCGAACUUUUGAAAUUUCCAUAAUUCCACUUCAUCGAAUCAAUAAUUGAUCAACGUUCUCCUUUAAAUGGGCCAUCAAAAAUUUGAAUCUAUGGUAUAUGAUAAGCUCUAAGAACCAGAUAAACAAAUAUUCCAAUUAAAUUGUAAUUAAGAAUAAAAUUUCUGGUAAUUAAAUAAUUUGAUUCGAA